AUGGAAAUCGACGAAAUUUUGAGUGAUUCUAAAUCAGAAUUAGAAACAGAGUUUGACGAUUUGGAUCUGUCUUCGACAGAUGAUGAAGAAGACGAAGACAGUGACAUUUCAGUCCCAAAUACUCGAAAAAGACAUGCUCCUAGAAAAUGGCGUUUAUCUGGCUUCGAUCCAAAGUGCUUGGUAUUUUCCGAUAGGAUGUCAUGGCUUAGGAAAGAAUUUGAAAUUGGAGGAAAGAAACCAUCUGACUAUUUUCGAGCAUUUUUUGACAACGAACUAAUGCAGAAAGUUUUUGAAGAAACCAACAAUUAUCAACAGCAAAAUGUAGCAACAAAUGUCGAAAAAACUGCAGCUUGGUACCAUACGAAUGUGGAAUAA